GAGCAUCGACAGGAUACUGCUGUUUAUUGUUUCAUUACUUCUCUAAUUCAAUUUGCAAUAUAAUCUUGAGUUGAUAUGUCAAUUGGUUUCAAAAUAAAAUUAAAAGGAUUAGAAGGAUUAUGGGGCUUAAGAUGGUUUCAGCGGAUGUCACUGUCUUGUCAUUCACAACUCGACCGAAGAAGGCAUAGAAAUCGAUUGUACUACACUCUGUCACGUGGCUGAUGGCCCUGACUGAGGACAACGGUGUUUUUAUCCUAGCAACCCUAUACCAAGCCAUAACAACCUAACAGAAACAUUGUUGUUAGUUCAAUUUCUUAUCGAUGGCUGCUGUCUGACGGACAAUGCUUCCUGUUGCGGGUAAUAUUCAAACAGCGAGGAAAAACUGCUUCUCCCAGAACUACCCUUUCCGGAAGGAACCCGAUGAAGCUGAUGAGUGCUAUGAGCUGCCCCCCUCGGAGUACGAUGAUAAUUACAUCUACCGCCAGUGUGAGAAAAAACCAAAUCUACGGCGGGAAUGGUUACGCGAGCAGUUCCGUAAGAAAGCGACCGAAACGAUUAUGAAACAGAUGGAGGAACAGUACGCGACGUUACACCGCCAGGAAGUGGAACGGAUGCCGCUAAGGAAGCGAGCCGAUUACUAUAUGGAGCGCGCGGCGGAUAACGAGGAACCGCAGUAUAAUCUCUACAAAGCAGAUGACAUGACGACCUACUGGAGCUACCAGGCACGCUCGAACGCGACCAGACGGAAGAACUCAAGCUUCACCAAACCAAUCAGCGAGCAGCUGGAUCAGCAGUUUGGAUGAUUCCCCUAUAUUGCAGAUAGAUAAUAAAUUUUGCUUUGUGAAUGAACUAUAUUUUGAUUUAUUCUCUUUAACAAAAGAAAUCCGUAAAAUCAUCGCAUCAAAAUAAACACUUUUAGCAGCAUAAUUUUUUUUUUAAAUUUAUAAUUAUUUAAUCAUACUUUGUGUUUAAAUUGAUGAAAUUAAGAGGCAUCGAAAGAAUUAAUUGUAUCUCGAAUUAAAAUCGAAACGUUUCGUCACAGACAGACGUCCAAGCAAGAACAACAUUGAUCAAAAUUCCCGUGUAAAUUUUCAAAGUAAAUUGCCUUAUAAAUCACUUGUACACUAGCGCCGCCUGGUGACCUUAUCGCUACAAUACAUUUUUUUUUCGCUGGUGCACGAGGCUGGCGGUCAGCGAUGCCAACCUUUUUUUAUAAAAAGCUGGAAGAAUUCAAAAUAAAAAACUGGAGAAAACUGGAUAUAUAAAUAUGAAGCUUUUACAUACAUUUAUUUGAUUUCGGUUCAAAUGCUGCAUCGUAUUAUUGCAUGUAACCAAAAAGGCUGAAAGAAAAUUGUUUACACAUGGAGAUUAUAGUUACUGGCGUACAUGAAAUUGAGUAGAUUUCGAAUAAAAUCUUAUAACCGAGGCGCAUGAAUGCACAAAAUACUGGAAAGACCAUACAUGUAAUGGGAAUGAGUUCAAAAAAUGUGGUGAUGUACAGAAAACUGGAUAAAACUGGAACAAUUUUCAAAAAACUGGAAAUAUUCAACCUUCAGCUGUUUCGCUGACGAGCUUCAAAAAAACUGGAGAUAUCCAGGAAAAACUGGAGGGUUGGCAACGCUGCUGGCGGUACUGGUAGCGCUAUCUGGUUACGGAUCGCUACUACAAAAAAAAAAUUACACAAGUUUGGAACUCAGCU